CUUUUAUUUACUGCCUCACCUACAGUCACUCAGGAAAGGAACAAAAGCGCACACGGAACCUUGAUCGACAGGUACCACAGCCAAUGAGAACGCUAAAACCUAUGACCUACGUCAGUAAGCCAGCCGAGGAAGUGACGUCGAGAGAACGGCGGCGCCUGGCCGAAUAAACUCCGAGGGGACCGAAGAACACUGCUCCUUCGCUUGCUCGACGAACAGGAAGCGAAUAUGUCGGAACGGAAAGUGCUAAACAAAUACUACCCACCUGACUUCGACCCGUCAAAGAUCCCGAAACUCAAGCUACCCAAGGACCGGCAGUACGUGGUUCGACUGAUGGCCCCCUUCAACAUGAGGUGUAAGACAUGUGGAGAAUACAUCUACAAGGGGAAGAAGUUCAAUGCACGCAAGGAGACCGUCCAGAACGAGGCCUACCUGGGCCUGCCUAUCUUCCGCUUCUAUAUCAAGUGCACACGCUGCUUGGCCGAGAUCACCUUCAAGACAGACCCUGAGAACACAGACUACACCAUGGAGCAUGGUGCCACACGCAACUUCCAGGCCGAGAAGCUCCUGGAGGAGGAGGAAAAGCGUGUGCAGAAGGAGCGCGAGGAUGAGGAGCUGAACAACCCCAUGAAGGUCCUAGAGAACCGCACCAAAGACUCGAAGCUGGAGAUGGAGGUGCUAGAAAACCUGCAGGAGCUGAAGGACCUGAACCAGCGGCAGGCACAUGUGGACUUUGAGGCCAUGCUGCUGCAGCACCGCCUGUCGCAGGAACAGUGGCGACAGCAGCAGGAGGAGGAAGAUGAGCGUGAAACUGCGGCCUUGCUGGAGGAGGCUCGCCACCGCAGGCUUCUGGAGGAUUCCGACUCAGAAGACGAAGCUCUGCCUUCCCGACCACGGGCAGCAGCAAAACCCAACCCCACAGCCAUCCUGGACGAGGCACCAAAGGCCAAGAGGAAGGCAGAAGCAGUGGGCAGCAGGGCACAGCUGGCCGGAUUGGUGGUGCCAAAGAAGAUGAAGGCGGAAGCCAACGGGGGCUCAGAGCAGGUCCAGAUGCCUGCCAUGGGUGCUCCCAAGAACAGGAAGACAGCCAACCUUGCACCCCAGACACCCGGGGCCUCCUCUCUAAGCCAGCUGGGUGCAUAUGGGGACAGCGAGGACAGUGACAGCUGAGCCCCUACAGCAACAUCACAGACCCAAGAAACCAGAGGAGGAGAUGGGAUCAAGGAAGGCACCCUCAGCAAGUUCCUCGUGACCGUGUCUGCCAUGGAUCCCAGCAGGGUGUGAAGAGGCAAUGUCCCUUAGUACCAAGUGUGCCAGGACAAACAGCCUGGCCCACUCUGUCAGUCCUUGAGUUAUAGGGAGCCUGUUUGCCCCAUCCCUUCCUACCACAGAUCUGAACACUAUCUGACAGGGGAUAGGUGGCAGGGUCCCUGGGGACUCCCAAUAAGGCCUGGGACUCUACUUGCAACACAAUACUGUGUGUUAAAGAAAAUCAAUUGACAACCAUGUGGACCAGCGAGAGACCCUGCCCGACCGGCUAACCAGAACUAACACUCACCUGGGAUUUCGGCCACAGCCAGCCUGGGCCUGGACCAAGCCCGUGUCUGUCAUUCAGAAUUUGGCGGUACAUGAGUCUGUGUUCUGUAGGAAAACUGCUGAGCCUGAGUCUGUCAUUUAGAACACAGUGAGCCUGGAUGGGGUGGCAGUGGAGAGACAGGCGUGUGUAGCCCAGGCUUGCCUUCACCUCCCCAGGCUGGGAUGAGAGAUGUGAACCAAGUUGAUCUUAAGCCUGAAAUGUUCGUGUUGAGUCUGCUUUUCCCUGCCGUUCUUCCUUCUCACCCCCAUGCCCUCAGCCCCCGCCCCAAGAGCAGAGACACAUCAGUGGCACCCUGGGGUCUGGUUGGAACCCUCCCACUCCACCCCCACCCUGGGUUCCCCAGCUCUGCAGCUGUCAUCAUGUCCUCCAUCAACUCCCUGGGGGUCCCUGGCAACAGGAGCCACAAGGAUAGUGCUGGCCCCACCACCUGGCCUUGCAGCUUAGACACUAGCUGGACCAGCCCACUCGUGGCCCUCACCAACGUGGCCCCUGUGCUGGGACACAUGGACUGCAUGCUAGGGGGUUAAGACACACUACAGUCUGAUCUGUGAGGCCUUUUUGCCCCAGACACCAUUGUUCCUACAGCAGACUGGAGCACUGGGGAGCAGCUGGACCUCCCCCAGACUGGGAACCUUGAGAGUCAGUGACUUGCAUCUUCCUCAGGCUAUGGCCCAGGGAAGCACUUUACUUCACCUGACUGGGGACCACUGAAAGCGGAGCCUCACCUGCCUCAGGCUGUGUGCAUGCCCCUCCAGACAGCACCUCCAGAUGGGAGGCUACUCAGGGCAAGUUCUGCAUCUGCUGUCAGACUGCACGAGGCAAGACCCGCCUCCGCAAGGUCCCGUACAAACACAUUCAUGGCUCCUUGGGUCUCUGUAGACUAAAGGCAUUGGCCACCAGACUCACUGUGGACCUCCCCUUCUGUCCCGUGCCUUGGCACACUUCUUCCCAGAUUUGAGGUACAGUCGGGGAGGCCCCACUUCAAGCACUGUUGUGUGCCUGCCACAUGAUGGGCAGUCACACAGCUCCAUCGCAUGUCACCAACUGCUGGCAUGUGGAAAUAGAGGACCAGACCGCGAAGUCCACUGUGAGACUCCAGAACAAGCUGAUGCAGAGACAGGAUGGAUUCAUGGAAACUGGCAGGGACAUAGGGGUGGAAUAUUCUAGAACCAGA